UUCAGCCCAUGCCGCUCAAUACUAGGAAGGUUUUUCAGUAACGAUUUUCCCUAAGUGUGCCUUCCGGCCUAUAACAUUGUGGGCUAGAGGGGUAUCAAGUCUCUUGCCUCUUGUAGGUGGGUGCUUCCUAUCAUGUAAACUGAGCUCACCUCGAAGCCACUGACAACACGCGGAUCGUCCAUUUAACGGAAGUUAGUUCAAUUUCUGUCAACGAAACGCGUCAGGUAUACGAACCCCUUCAACAGUGUCCUUCCCAUUUGCAAACGAUGCGGUCGUUAAGCUAUAUGACGGCGAUCUGUCAAUAAUCGAGUCUGGACCAGACAAUCCAGUGAUUGACAUCAUGAGCAUCGAUCCACGAAAUUGGGAUACAAUGAAACACGAAGCCACCUCGCCGCCCUAAUGCAUGUCAUAUAUCACGAAUGAAGCCGGUAAUUGUUUUAGAGAACAUGUUAUGACAAAAGUCAAUACAGAGUCAUCUCAAUGGAAGUUGACAUUAUCCAAAAGACACUUGGUGGCUAUGGCUGCUACCAGAUGUUGGUGUAUACCCUUCUUGGUCUCAUGUACAUGAGAGGUGCCUGGCACACGUUUAACAUCAUAUUUCUGGGUGCAGUCCCGGCCCAUACCUGCACAGUGGCAAACAGAACAGUUGACAACAGUCUUCAGAUUGUAGCAGGAGAGUGUGAUGUCGCGCUUAUGGUCUCGAAUGCUACACACACUGUCAAUGAGACGGACGCUUGCAGUGCCUGGCAGUAUGAUAGCAUGCACAGAGCCUCCAGCAUUGUAUCAGAGUGGGACCUGGUGUGUAACAAGAAUUACCUGGUAGAACUGUCUACAACCAUCUACAUGAUUGGCUCAGCAUCAGGAGCAGUGAUCCUCACACCGUUUUCUGACAGAUUUGGCAGAAAGAGACUCCUCUUAUCAUGUCUCUGCAUACAAGCUGUCAUCGGCUUUGCUGUUGCAUUUGUACAGAACUAUGUUGCAUUUACACUGUUGCGAGCCGUGGUGGGAUUUCUCAAUAUGGGUAUCGCACUGAGUGCGUACGUGAUGAUGACGGAGGUGUUCCCCGCCUCACACCGCACACUUCCGUCCAUCGCCAUGCAGAUCUUCUGGGCUGUCGGGGUGAUGCUACUGUCUUUGUUUGCGUACCUGGUCCGAGACUGGCGCCACCUGGAGAUGCUGGUGUCUCUGCCUAAUGUGCUGGCAAUUGUUUAUAUAUGGUGUCUCCCAGAAUCUCUGCCAUGGCUACUUUCUCAGAAGAAAAUAAGAAAAGCCAAAGCUGUGAUAAGAUGGGCAGUCAAGUUAAACAAACUUCCAUCCAACAUGGUGGAGUUGCUCGAACCCUCUAGUUCACCGACAGGUCUUAGUGGCCAGGCAGAGGCUGGUGGGCAGGGCAAGGCGUCCGACCCUUUGAAUACCCAGGAGAAUAGUGUGACCAGUGCUAGCAACAGUAAAACUCUGCCUGGGAUUCUAGAUCUCGUGAAGACACCCCGUAUCAGACUCUAUGCAAUACUAAUGUGGUAUUUAUUUUUUGUGAACAGUUUAAGUUACUUUGGGUUGUCCUUCAGUACUCCUAAUCUCCAUGGCAACCCAUACCUCAACCUGUGUCUGAUGGGAGCUGUUGAGAUCCCAGCCUAUGCUAUAUGUAUGCUGGUCAUUAAUUGGCUGGGGCGUCGAGUCCCAGUGUGUGUGUUCCUGUUGAUCUGUGGGGUAACCAACAUAGCGGCCAUCUUUGUUCCAGCAGACUGUGAAGAGUUAUCCUACCUGAAGCUGACUAUAUUGAUGAUAGGGAAGUUUGGCAUCACUGGCUCCUAUUCCACGAUCUACCUGCUUGCAGCCGAGAUAUUCCCCACCUCUGUCAGGAAUCAGGCUGUUGGGAUAGCAUCUUUCUUUGAGAAUAUAGGCAGCAUUUCUGCUCCUCUCAUAGUGUAUGUGGCAAAGAAGAUCCCUGAGCUUCCCUUUGUAGUGUUUGGUGUGCUGACAAUCAUCGGCGCCGGUGUCGUGUUGUUGCUUCCAGAGACCCGGCACCGCCCCCUUCCUGAAACUAUUGAGGAGAUCGAGGGCUGGCACAGGAAGCCAACAUCUUGACUGACACUCACCCACCAUAUACCCCUAUACUUUACAGCCUACUGGGUGGCAGGAGACUAACAUCUUGACUGACACUCACCCACCAUAUCCACCUAUACUUUACAGCCUCAAGGGCUGGCACAGGAAGCCAACAUCUUGACUGACACUCACCCACCAUAUCCCCCUAUACUUUACAGCCUACUGGGUGGCAGUAGACUAACAUCUCUUUUUAGAAUAUUUAUUUUGAUAUUGUUCAUGCUUAACAUGUCUAAUUAUAUCACUCCCUUUAUAUUUGUACGCAUUUACAACUGCUAUGCUAUUUAGAAACAAUGGAAUUUAUACACAUAUGUCUGAAUACAAUAUUCAUAUCACUUAGUAGAAAUAAAAGAACAAUUUAAAUCAUGCUACACUGACAAACAGAAGCUAUGGGAUUUGGGAAAGUUGCAGUGAUGUUGUUUGUCUGUUUGUAUCAGAUGUAUGUUAUGAUCUGAAACCUCCUAUUGACGAAUAACACUCAAAUAUUUGGUCAUUAAAUAGCCAGAAACCUUUUUUUCUUAAAUAGGAUUUUUUUUAAAUAUUGUAACUAUUCUACAGUGAGAUAAAUCAUUGUGAUUGUUUCUUUCUUAAUUCUUCAAAACAAUGUUUAUAAAUAACUGACAACGUGGCAUUCCUAAAUGAAGUGGUUGAGGAUAGCAGUUUGUGAGAAAAGCACUUGUGCACUAGGAAAUCUUCAUUCCAUCAGUGCAAAGAAGUUUUAGUUGUGAAAAUGAGUGUUGUACCAAUUACUUGAUUUCAUGGAUGACUAGUUGUUUUUUGUUCCAAGCAAGGAAUCAAUAAUGAAUUGGGGUUUUUUUUAUAAUUUUCAAAUUGUAUCAAGUAAUUAGCAUCCCAGGACUGCUGUAAAGUUUUGUUGGAAUUUGACCGCCACUGUGACUUUUCAUGUGCAGUAUUUCUGUCAGGUGGUCUUGAGGAUCACAAAAAGGUUUGUGGUUACACUUAAUCCAAAAUUAUUUAUACAUUUGACACUAACAUGACUAAACUUGGUAUAUUCCUUCUCUUGGAUGGGGAACUUUGUCAGUGGUUUCUUUCUUAACAUUUCACGUGUCAAUUGCAUUUAUGUCAAAGGUCAAGGUCACCUCUGAGGUAAUUGUGCAGUGUAUUUGUAUCAUACUUUCUCUUAUGAUGCAACAAUGACUGACAUUAGACAUGGUAGAGGAUAUCCUACAAUAAACAUUCUUUUGUUACAUGCCCUGAGAAGAUCAAAGGUCUGUUUCACAAAAUAUCAUAUCUCAGCAAUAUGUUUAUGCUUACACUUUACCUCGAAAUAUUAAUGCAUUUACCAUUAAACUUGAGGAUGGGGCCGUGCUUUGAAAAGACUUUUGUCAAAAUUAGUCAAAGGUUAAGGGCAACAUUCUGUUUUGUAAACCAAGGUUAUAUCAGUGUCAGGUGUCGAGACCUAGUAACCUCUGUAACCAUGGUUAUAUCAGUGUCAGGUGUGGAGACCUAGUAACCUCUGUAACCAAGGUUAUAUCAGUGUCAGGUGUGGAGACCCUGUAACCUCUGUAACCAUGGUUAUAUCAGUGUCAGGUGUGGAGACCUAGUAACCUCUGUAACCAAGGUUAUAUCAGUGUCAGGUGUGGAGACCCUGUAACCUCUGUAACCAUGGUUAUAUCAGUGUCAGGUGUGGAGACCUAGUAACCUCUGUAACCAAGGUUAUAUCAGUGUCAGGUGUCAAGACCUAGUAACCUCUGUAACCAUGGUUAUAUCAGUGUCGGGUGUCGAGACCUAGUAACCUCUGUAAGCAGGAGCCUCUUUCGUGGCUUGUAGUUAACCAAUCCUCCCACAUGAACUGUUUGUGAUGUGUACAGGGACUUAUCCUACCACAUGAACUGUUUGUGAUGUGUCUAGGGCCUUAUCCUACCACAUGAACUGUUUGUGAUGUGUCUAGGGCCUUGUCCUACCACAUGAACUGUUUGUGAUGUGUCUAGGGCCUUAUCCUACCACAUGAACUGUUUGUGAUGUGUCUAGGGCCUUAUCCUACCACAUGAACUGUUCAUGAUGUUUCUAGGGCCUUGUCCUACCACAUGAACUGUUUGUGAUGUGUCUAGGGCCUUAUUCUACCACAUGAACUGUUUGUGAUGUGUCUAGGGCCUUAUCCUUCCACAUGAACUGUUUGUGAUGUGUCUAGGGCCUUGUCCUACCACAUGAACUGUUUGUGAUGUGUCUAGGGCCUUAUCCUACCACAUGAACUGUUUGUGAUGUGUCUAGGGCCUUUUCCUACCACAUAAACUGUUCAUGAUGUGUCUAGGGCCUUGUCCUACCACAUGAAUUGUUCAUGAUGUGUCUAGGGCCUUAUCCUACCACAUGAACUGUUUGUGAUGUGUUUAGGGCCUUGUCCUACCACAUGAACUGUUCCUGAUGUUUCUAGGGCCUUGUCCUACCACAUGAACUGUUUGUGAUGUGUCUAGGGCCUUAUCCUACCACAUGAACUGUUUGUGAUGUGUCUAGGGCCUUGUCCUACCACAUGAACUGUUUGUGAUGUGUCUAGGGCCUUAUCCUACCACAUGAACUGUUUGUGAUGUGUUUAGGGCCUUGUCCUACCACAUGAACUGUUUGUGAUGUGUCUAGGGCCUUAUCCUACCACAUGAACUGUUUUUGAUGUGUCUAGGGCCUUAUCCUACCACAUGAACUGUUUGUGAUGUGUCUAGGGCCUUGUCCUACCACAUGAACUGUUUGUGAUUUGUCUAGGGCCUUAUCCUACGACAUGAACUGUUUGUGAUGUGUCUAGGGCCUUAUCCUACCACAUGAACUGUUUGUGAUGUGUCUGGGGCCUUGUCCUACCACAUGAACUGUUUGUGAUGUGUCUAGGGCCUUGUCCUACCACAUGAACUGUUUGUGAUGUGUCAAGGGCCUUAUCCUACGACAUGAACUGUUUGUGAUGUGUCUAGGGCGUUAUCCUACCACAUGAACUGUUUGUGAUGUGUCUAGGGCCUUAUCCUACCACAUGAACUGUUUGUGAUGUGUCUAGGGCCUUGUCCUACCACAUGAACUGUUUGUGAUGUGUCUAGGGCCUUAUCCUACCACAUGAACUGUUUGUGAUGUGUCUAGGGCCUUAUCCUACCACAUGAACUGUUUGUGAUGUGUCUAAGGCCUUGUCCUACCACAUGAACUGUUCGUGAUGUGUCUAGGGCCUUAUCCUACCACAUGAACUGUUUGUGAUGUGUCUAGGGCCUUAUCCUACCACAUGAACUGUUUGUGAUGUGUCUAGGGCCUUAUCCUACCACAUGAACUGUUUGUGAUGUGUCUAGGGCCUUGUCCUACCACAUGAACUGUUUGUGAUGUGUCUAGGGCCUUAUCCUACCACAUGAACUGUUUGUAAUGUGUCUAGGGCCUUAUCCUACCACAUGAACUGUUUGUGAUGUGUCUAGGGCCUUGUCCUACCACAUGAACUGUUUGUGAUUUGUCUAGGGCCUUAUCCUACGACAUGAACUGUUUGUGAUGUGUCUAGGGCCUUAUCCUACCACAUGAACUGUUUGUGAUGUGUCUAGGGCCUUAACCUUCCACAUGAACCGUUUGUGAUGUGUCUAGGGCCUUUUCCUACCACAUGAACUGUUUGUGAUGUGUCUAGGGCCUUAUCCCACCACAUGAACUGUUUGUGAUGUGUCUAGGGCCUUAUCCUACCACAUGAACUGUUUGUGAUGUGUCUAGGGCCUUGUCCUUCCACAUGAACUGUUUGUGAUGUGUCUAGGGCCUUAUCCCUCCCACAUGAACUGUUUGUGAUGUGUCUAGGGCCUUUUCCUACCACAUGAACUGUUUGUGAUGUGUCUAGGGCCUUAUCCUACCACAUGAACUGUUUGUGAUGUGUCUAGGGCCUUAUCCUACCACAUGAACUGUUUGUGAUGUGUCUAGGGCCUUGUCCUUCCACAUGAACUGUUUGUGAUGUGUCUAGGGCCUUAUCCCUCCCACAUGAACUGUUUGUGAUGUGUCUAGGGCAUUAUCCUACCACAUGAACUGUUUGUGAUGUGUCUAGGGCCUUCUCCUUCCACAUGAACUGUUUGUGAUGUGUCUAGGGCCUUAUCCUACCACAUGAACUGUUUGUGAUGUGUCUAGGGCCUUAUCCUACCACAUGAACUGUUUGUGAUGUGUCUAGGGCCUUAUCCUACCACAUGAACUGUUUGUGAUGUGUCUAGGGCCUUAUCCUACAACAUGAACUGUUUGUGAUGUGUCUAGGGCCUUAUCCUACCAUAUGAACUGUUUGUGAUGUGUCUAGGGCCUUGUCCUACCACAUGAACUGUUCAUGAUGUGUCUAGGGCCUUGUCCUACCGCAUGAACUGUUUGUGAUGUGUCUAGGGCCUUAUCCUUCCACAUGAACUGUUCGUGAUGUGUCUAGGGCCUUGUCCUACCGCAUGAACUGUUUGUGAUGUGUCUAGGGCCUUAUCCUUCCACAUGAACUGUUCGUGAUGUGUCUAGGGCCUUGUCCUACCGCAUGAACUGUUUGUGAUGUGUCUAGGGCCUUAUCCUUCCACAUGAACUGUUUGUGAUGUGUCAAGGUCAAGGCCAAGGCCCCUAUCUUGAGGAUAUUGUCAAACAUGGUUGCAAGUACUGUUACACUUUUUUUAUACAAUUCUUACACUUGGAUUCUUUUUUCUUAUCUUUAAAAGUUAUCUUGAUUAAGUUCAAGGUCGGGAAGUUAUGUUGUUGGAGGGGAAGUACAUGGCAUGUUAAUGUUUUGGGAGCUUGGAGGAAAUAGCAGUGAACAAUGGUGACGAGGCUGCUGCAGUUUUUUCAAGUAGCUGCAAACACCUUGUUUUUAUUAUUUCUUGGGAUUAUAUUAUGUCUGAUAAUGAUGGGAUUUCAAAGGUUGUUGCUGUUGCAAUGGUUCCCUGUGGUUGUGUUUAUUGUUGCAGAGUACAGUAAAGUAUUAUUUUUAGAGAGUUUUGCUAUUUUAUUUAUUUUGUAUACACGAACAAUAAUGAGAAAGAAUAUCUAUUUUUGUGGAUGUAAAGUUGCUGUAAUUUUGAUUUCAUAUAAAGAUCCUUUAUCAUGAGUAGUCGAGGAUCUGAUUGAUGCACUGGAUGUAAGGAUGUUUUCUGUGAGAAUCUGAUGAUUGAGGAGUUGAACAUUUACACCAUUGUGUAGUGACUGUAAUACUCACGACACUGUCUGUGAGGUGACCUCUCUGUGACCCUCAGCCGAGCCAGCAUUCUGUUUCACCAAAUUGCUAAAUAUGUGUGACAUGUGCCUCUUUGUUCUUUCCGCCCACAAUAAGGAUGCUGCUGGUCUAUUUUUGUGUUCACUGCGCAACAUUGUCCUUUAUCAGAAUAUAUUUUAAGUCAAUCUAUCAUCCAUGUGUAGCACUGCAGCCGAGAAUCCGAGACAAAAAGUCAAAUCAUCAAGGAUACUUGUUUUUUCUCAGUUGCAUUAAUUAGCCGUGCCGUGAAACAGAGCUGCUGUCAGUUUUUCUUGGAAUUUGACCACCACGCCAUCAGUUAUUUUGCUGCUGACUUUCGCUCAAAGAUUAUGACAGUAGAGAUUGUUCUUCCAUGGACUUUGUCCAAAUCGCAUAACCAAAAAGAUGUGGUUACACUUUCUUAGAAAAAUUAAUGCAAUUAUAAUUAAUCUUGGUAUGCAACGUCUCCAGGAAAGCCCCCAGCUUUGAAGAAGGUUUGGUGUGAAACGUCUCUAGGAAAGCCCCCUGCUUUGAAGAGGGUUUGGUCAAGAUUAGUCAAACGUUAAGGUCAGGAUUCAUCUAUUGUUGCCGGUUAAUGUGACUUUGACUUGUACAAUCCCGAGAUUUGGGGCCUUCCUGGAUCUUAACAAAUUGCCUUGAUUUAGGUCAAGGUCUUGAAGUAUGUUUUGGUAGAUUUAGACUUCAGUUUUUGAGGAAGUAAACAAGUAUCUCUGGAGCAGUAGUAUUGACCAUGACACUCUUUUUGUAUUUUGGUGGCUUGAUAAACUCAGGUAGAUGUUUAAAAUAGCUACCUAAAAGAAGGGUUCAGUGUUCUCAGUGAAUGUCAGUGAGCUGGGUUUAACGCCGCUUUAAACAGUAUUCCAGUUAUAUCACGGCGUUCAGCGUUCUCAACAAAGACCAGCAGACAUCCAUAAGCUGGUAUACAUGAGAUAACUUGAAUAUCCUUCACAGUGGCACAAAACAAGACUCACGCAAACUCUCAUACGUAAUGCUGAAUCAAAAUUCUGUUAUUUGGAAUAUGUAAGCUCUAGUUUUGUUGAUAGACAAUGUUAUUUGUUAUGCAUAUAAUGUAUUGGCAUGUAUUCUUGAUUUUUUGUUUAUAGGGUACCAGAACCAAAGGUUCUAUCAACCUCAUAUCAUGGCUUUUAUGAUAUAUGACAAUAUAUCAAGCAAAGCAUUGAUGAUCUCAACAAAGGUAUUAUAUGAAUAGGGAGGUUUUAGUUGCACAGUGUUGCUUUUCAUGCAUGUAUAAUUUGAUUUAUGAUGCUUAAGGUACUGAAAACUUCAGGUGAGCUACAAAGCAUUUUGGAUACGGAUUUUUUACCCAUAGAAUCUUGCCGGUGUUUUGUUUUGUUGUUUUUUGUUGAUAUGUUUGUUAUUUGGAGUUCAUAAAUCUCAAAUUCUAUUUUGAUGGUUUUUAAAAGAAAUAGUGCUAAUGGGUGUUCCAAAUUAAACAUGAGGGUCAAAGGGUUCUUGGUCACAUGUUAACUGUAGGGACCCCUGGUUCAAUUUCUAUAGGAGUAAAGGGCCCCAUGACCCCCUUUGCUAUGCUUUUCAUGCCUUGAUAUCGCUGGUAUAUUCCUAUUAGCUGCAUAAAACUGACGUCGCUCACUCACUAACAUAUAUUUGUUUGUCUCUAACAAUUUGUGAAAUGCUUGUAGUUACUAUUUAUUAUAGACAGCACCUCUUUUUUAAAUAGCAUGUGAAGUGGCUAACAAUGCAUGUUUCUAUUCUUUUGUACAAAAACAAUCAGUAGUGUCGAGGAUUUCAUGAACUUGGGGAUAUUAGCAGGCACUUCAGAUGUUGUGAGCGAUGUGUUUUGAGAAGAGAAAUGCCUUCAUUUCAAUAUAUAUUUCUGAAAGUCCCUUUCAUGACAUUCCUGAAUGUGUGAUAUAAUUUAAUGUCAUAUAGUACAAGGUGUUAAUGUUAAGAUCUGUUUGCAUAUUUAUUGACAGUAUUUAUUUCAUAUAUAGGCACUCGCUGUAUCUUAGUUACACGUAACAUGGCAUCCAUUGUAUCACAGUUACAUGUAACAUGGCAUCCAUUGUAUCUCAGUUACAUGUAACAUGGCAUCCAUUUAUCUCAGUUACAUGUAACAUGGCAUCCAUUUAUCUCAGUUACAUGUAACAUGGCAUCCAUUUAUCUCAGUUACAUGUAACAUGGCAUUCAUUGUAUCUCAGUUACAUGUAACAUGACAUUCAUUGUAUAUCAGUUACAUGAAACAUGGCAUUCAUUGUAUCUCAGUUACAUGAAACAUGGCAUUCAUUGUAUCACAGUUACAUGUAACAUGGCAUUCAUUGUAUCUCAGUUACAUGUAACAUGACAUUCAUUGUAUCUCAGUUACAUGUAACAUGACAUUCAUUGUAUCUCAGUUACAUG